AUGAUUUGUCAGCAUCCAUCCCGCGCUACCGUUCACGUUUUCGCCGCUCGCGUCGUCUCCCGCGAGUUCAAGCCACCCAUCGCUCGUGAGCGACACGCCGAGUACGCGCGCGCUCGGCGCCGCGAAGCCCAACACGGCGCUAUCGAUGUGCGGCUGCGCUCGCACGGGUACGGGACGUGA